AUGUUUCGUCUCGUUUUUAUUCCAUUCGUUCUCGUGCCUGUGUUCUAUGGACACAAGGCAGCAAGUGCUGGCACAACGGGAGCAGCAGAAACGAUUAGUUGUUUAAGCGAAAUGAAUGUGGAGAGGGCCGCUGCGGGACUCGCUGCGUUUGAGGAGGCAACUGAUGGAGCACAAGUGCUGCCGAAAACCCCUGCCGCUGUACGAGAUAUAACUCCUGCUACGCUGUGGACCGAAAUCUGCAAAAUAAUAACAAAGGAAGGAACCGAAAGCGCCCAGGCCAAGCAGUUAACGGGAACCUUCGCGUACUACCGCGGCGAGAACGACUGCAAGGCAGCAGUGCAGUACUGGAAGGACGGGUUUUCUCUCUUCAAAAACGAGCUGCCCCCAGCGUACAAAGCGUUGAAUGACCCUCAAAUAUAUACCGAGCAGGCUGUUUCCUUUGUCGCCCUCUAUAACCCUCAGACAAGUCCUGUAGCCAGCUGUGCCUUUGUCACCUGCACAACAGCAGCCGGGUUUACUUCCCCAGACGGAGGGAGCUCAACAAGAAGACUUCAAGGUGAAGAGGAUACUCCUUCUACUACUACUGCCGUUAUCUGCUUGACGAACCCUAAGGCGCUGACCGCGGGAGAACCGCCAUUCAAGGAAGAGGUGUGGCAGAAGAUCGUUCAAGCCAUAGUUGGCACUGAGGAGAGCAACGGGGCUUCGCCAGUCAGGCCGUCAUUUGCUGUUGGGUUCAUAAUGAUGCUUUUUGCCUACGGGCUUUUUUAA